AUGCCAAAUUUUGUACAAACACAACAGUAUGAGAGUUCAUCGGAAUCCGACGAUACGAUGGAUCAGCAGAAUGUUCAAGAAAAGACAAAAAUUAAACGUAACUUUGACUGGAUAAGAGACAAAUGCUUUUCUAAUGAUACAGACGCUCAAAUAGCAAUUAAACGAGAAGAACAAUGGAGUCGAUAUUUUACUAACAAAGUUCAAGAUGGAGUUAAAGUUCAUUACCGCUGUAAUAAAGUUAAGUUUCGUGGCACACAAUGUAAUGCCGCAAUUUAUCUCUUUUAUCCACACAAUAGUGAUGAAGCUUUAUUAUUUCGUGCAAAUAAUGAGCAUAACCAUACUGAUUCAAGUAAACGUUAUUUCUUCUCUGAAGAAAUGAAACAAAAUAUCCAGGAACUGUUUGAUAUGAGAUUAAAGCCAAAGAAAAUAUAUGAAGUAUUGGAAGAGAAAAAUUUCAAGAUAACACGUAAUCAAGUGAACAAUUAUUUAACACAAUUACGUAAACAAAAAUUUGGUCCUUCUAGCUUAAGUUUAGGAGAAUUAGAAUCUUGGUGUCAAGAGAAACAUACAAUACCACAAUCUGACGAUGAAUCAUUUGUAGUUUCUUUUCAUAUUCAUUACGAAGAUGAUAGUGACGACGAUGAUGAAGACGUCGUCGAUGAUGGUAAUAAGUUCAGAUUUUUUCUCUCUUCAAAACAAUUACUCCAAAUUACUUCAAUAUCAACCAAGUUACAUGCUGAUGCCACGUACAAAUUGAACUGGCAGGGUUUUCCAAUAUUAGUUGUUGGAACAAGUGAUUGCGAUCGUAAAUUUCAUCCAUUUGGAUUGGCUGUACGUACUGAUGAAAAAGAACCAGAAUUCGAAUUUAUUUUUAAAAGUAUUUCCGACGGUGUAAACCGAAUAACUGGACCAGCCUUUACACCCGAAGUACUUAUAGCUGAUGGGUCUGGUGCUAUACGUAAUGCAUUUCAAAAGUUUUUCAAUAAGGAUAAAAUGGUCAUGGUCUCAUAUGCGUCGCAAUGUUGA